CGCCGUUUACGUACGUAGCUAGCUCUAGGCAGAGAUGAGAUAGACGUCGACACUAAUUGCCGGUGCCUGCCAGUGCCAGUUCCAUCGUUUUUUUGAAGGAGUUCUUAUUUGUACUAGGUUUGGUCGAUAUUGUAACAUACCAUGAUGGGAGAUUAACAAUCGAAUUCGCUAUUCUUCCAUCUCUCUGUGCCCGUCAACUAAACAGCCGAGUGGCAUCAUGAAGAACACCGUGUCAGCCCUUCUUUGUUGUGCCGUCGCCUUCUUGUUGUUGUGUGAAGAAAUUGCAUCUGCGACAGGAAACAUCGAUAAAAAGGCUCGCAGGGAUGAGGUUCUGGAAAUGUUUGGCCAUGCAUAUGAUUCCUACAUGACAUAUGCCUAUCCAGCAGAUGAAUUGAUGCCACUCAGCUGUAAAGGUCGGGUCAGAGGUCGUGAGCCGAAUCGUGGGGACGUGGACGAUUCACUUGGAAACUUUUCUCUAACUCUCAUAGACACGCUGGAUUCUCUGGCUGUCCUUGGGUUGCUGGAUGAAUUUGAAGAUGCCGUUAAGAAGGUCAUUGCCGAUGUCACCUUCAACACAGACGUCGUGGUGUCUGUAUUUGAGACUAACAUCAGGGUUGUUGGGGGUCUUCUGGGAGGGCACAUUGCCGCCAUAGAUCUUCAGGAGCAUCAUGGCCUCAUGGAGUGGUACAAGGAUGAACUUCUGCAGAUGGCAAAGGAAGUCGGCUACCGUCUUCUCCCGGCCUUCAAUACAACUACAGGUGUCCCAUACCCAAAGGUAAACCUCAGGCAUGGUCUUGGUAAAGGACGCUCUGAAAGGGACACCUGUACAGCCUGUGCGGGGACUAUGCUCCUGGAAUUCUCUGCUCUGAGUCGACUCUCGGGCGACCCCAUCUUUGAGGAGAAGGCCAGGAGUGUAAUGCAGACCCUGUGGUCUAAGAGGCAGCGUACGAGUAACCUGGUUGGGACUGUCAUCAAUAUUCAUACAGGAGACUGGGUUAGGAGAGAAAGUGGAGUUGGUGCGGGCAUCGACUCUUACUAUGAAUAUUUGUUGAAAGGAUACAUUCUUCUUGGGGAUGACUCAUAUCUUGACAAAUUCAAUACACAUUAUGAAGCUAUACAACGUUAUAUUAGUGAUGGCCCCCUCCUUAUGGAUGUCCAGAUGCACAGACCGCAUGCAAGGUCAAGGAACUUUAUGGAUGCCCUCCUUGCAUUCUGGCCAGGUCUUCAGGUUUUAUUUGGUGAUAUUGAGCCAGCCAUAGAAACGCACGAGAUGCUUUAUCAGGUUACACAGAGGCAUAACUUUCUUCCAGAGGCAUUCACUCCGCAGUAUGACGUAUACUGGGGGCAGCAUCCGUUGCGACCAGAGUUUAUCGAGAGCACUUAUAUGUUGUACAAGGCGACGAGCGAUCCCUACUACCUCGAGGUUGGGGAGAAGAUCAUCGAAGCUCUGCAGAAUCAUGCCCGUGUCCACUGUGGGUUCGCAGGUAUCAAGGAUGUACGGACAGGCAGUCAUGAAGAUAGGAUGGAUUCCUUUGUGCUGGCCGAGACUUUCAAAUACCUCUACCUGCUCUUUGCGGAACCCGAAGACCUGACCAUCAACGUGGACAACUAUCUCUUCACAACGGAAGCCCACCUCCUCCCUCUCUCCCUGUCAAAAUUCAAGUCCGACCAGUCCAAUGCCAGUCUACAUUUCAAUGUGACCUCGGAGAUGGAUGAAGGUGUGACUACUUCAGUGGUGCUCGACCGAUCCUGCGCUAACCACAAGUACCUCUUUCCAGGUGGCAGCACCUACGCUCAAGCUCUCAGGGAUCCUCUCAAAAAGGCAAAAAAUGUCCAGAAAUCCCAAUGCCCUAGCAGUCAGCAGCCAAGCUCAUCUGUUUCUAAUGCACCCCGUCUCAAAGCUGCCGAGUUUGUCCCAGGGAACCCUGAUCACAUGCAGCAGCUUAAUAAGAUGGGUAUUCGACUACUGACGAUGAAAGAUGGACGUGUUCAGCUCAUGCAUACUGCCACCAAUGCUGUUACGACUCAGGCCGCUGAGCAGGGCGCCCUCUUCAUGCAGGAGAUGAUAGAACUUUCGAAGAGCCAACAAGCAGAAGUUGCAGAGAACCAUCCUCGUGUUGUUCAGAUUAUGUCACCUAAUAUACUAAAGAACAUGGUGCUGGCAGCAGGACCUGCUCAGUUUGGAAUGGAUCUAAAUGAAAAUUUUGCUGCCGUGGGGGAGCUGGUCGUAGCGGAUCCAUUCACAGCAUGCAGCGGUAUCACUAACGGUCAUCUUAUGCAGGGCAAGAUAAUCAUCAUGUCAAGGGGAGAAUGCAUGUUUGUUGAUAAGGCAAGGAACCUGCAGAAGUUUGGCGCCCACGGCGGCAUCGUCAUCGACAACGUCGCCGACACCAGCAGCGACACGUCGUCCAUGUUCGCCAUGUCCGGUGACGGGACAGACGACGUCAACAUCCCCAUGGUGUUCCUGUUCUCCAAGGAAGGCAAGCUUCUCCUGGACGCUAUCCAGGAACAUGGAGUGGUGGAGGUGCUGCUCCUGGACAAGGCCAAGACUCUUAGUGAACUGAAUGAAAUCUGGGGCCACUAUCAUAACAAAGACCCAAGUAGCUCCCCAUUCCAGAUCAGGGCAAAAGUGGAGGGUGUCCAGGUGUCUCCAAUCGCUUUAGAGGAGCAAACCCAGUUCAUCGACCUUGAUGAUGAGACCUAUGAUGAGGAUGGUGAUGAGGAGUACGAGUGUCGUGCAACUAACAUUGCGAACGUUAUCGACCAAGGAGUUAGUCAGUCUGGGUCAGCUGACCAGCCGGUGGAUACCAAGCAGCAGCUCUCCAAUUACCUCCAGGAGAUCACCCACUUUACCCUGACCAAGAGCGAUAUCAACAAGUUGGUGUCCCAGCUGCAGAACGUGGAAGGUCUUGGCGAGGACUUCAAAGAGGUAGUGAAUGCCAAGUUGGAGAAGAUCAUGAAAGAGUACGAGAACGUGAAUGGGGAGUUCCGAGUGCGGGUAGAGCAAAGUGGCAACGGGGCCAUCUUUGAGUCCAGCGCAUCCCCAAGCCAGUUGCAGGUGGCCUUCGACACGGUCUGGAAGCAGUACUUGGAGACAGAGGACGGAAAGACCCUGCAGGCCAAGAGAGCAGACAGUGCCUUCAAGCACAAGAUAGACUCCUACAACAACUUCCAAGUCAACACCGAUUUGUUGGAUGCCAUCGGUAAUGUCCCCAAGGAGACCAUCGAGCGAAUAGUGCAAGAUUAUGUCAAAUAUGAAAAUGUCAGGUUGCAAUAUGAUGAGGCUAACCCUAUACACAAUAUGGGUGAUAACCAACAUAUAGCACCGUCAGGGUCGCCAUUAAAAUCAAACCAAGAUAUAAGUAGAACUAAGCCGUCAAGCGACGGCAUCAUGGUAGGGGAAGUUGAUAGGGACAACUCAAAUGCUGGUGCCUCUUCCAAAUCGGGAACCACCUCAGACAAUGCACAAAGUGGCAGCCAUAUAUCACAGCAGUCCCUUCAUGAAGGGGACGAGGCAGCAGCUGUAGAUGGAAUCACCGUUGAUUCGCAGUCUCCGGAGGCUGCGCAAGAGUCGCUGCAACAGCACAAUGAAAGGCAGCAACAAGUGGAAACAGAUCAGGACAAUGUUGACAGGACUCGUCAAGCCGAAAACCCAGAAUAACCAUCCAGAGAUGAGCUUUAAAACUUACCUAAAGAAUUCCUUUAUCUUCCAUCAUAUGGAAGUAUUAUUGUGCAUUGCCAGCGUAUCGAGUCUUAAGAAGAUGUUCACUCAUGUGAUGCAUUUGCCAAGUAUUCUCUCUAUGUAUUACGAGGGUUCUGUGUGCAACCCAUUUCUGCAGGUUUAAUGAUAUAGUGGCUAUAUGUUAGUGAUAGACUCGUUAAAACUGCAAGAUACAUGCAUCAUUUCAUAUUAGAUUGAGUGAAUGACAUGGGGGGGGGGGUGGAAACGGUGCUCACUAUUAUGACAUACACAUACAUUGGUUUAAAAGCUACAAUAGGAUUUGCCUCAUUAGAAUAUGAUAUGUCAUUAAAAAAGGUAUUAGAAGAAUUGGAUAUAGCCCAAUUAAGAAUGAGAGGUUUUGAUGAAUGUGUUAUGUAAUUUGCAGUUAGAAAUGACAAAGCUUAGCUGUCUUCGUAGAACUUUUUUUCACAAUUAAUUGCAUUUACUGUGAGGUGUGAUUAAUUAUUGAAAUCAAACGUACGAUUAAUCGCUAACCUUUGUGUUGCGGGACCCAUGAUGGGUUUCAUGAAGGAGUAUGUUAGGGUUGCACACAAUUUUAGGCAAGACAGGAACAUGCUGCUUGUUGCUUAGUCAGAUUCUUCACCAUAUUGUUUCCCAUCAGCUGGAGCUUCAAGACGAUCUUUGUAAGUUCAACCUUUUGUUGUUGAACAAGCAUUCAGAUGCAAUGUUUGUGAUAUGUCAGAAUUUGAUUUUGUUUAGAGGAAGUUCGGCAUCUCAUUUAGCAUGCUACCAGUGAGAACAUUUUGAAGUCGUGCAAAAUUUUUGUGCAACUUAUAGGUAGCUUCGCGAAACACCCCCUCAUUUUGAGACUCAGAAUCCCUCUGUAUCUUCUGGGGUGGGUUUCAUGAAAGGACUUAUCGUACAUUUUAUCCGGCAGAUCCUGUUUAAUCCGACAGUUGUCAUAGUGACAAUGCUUCUCAGCCAAUCAAAAUCAAGGAAAGUUGUCAGAUCUGACAACUUGUCGGGUAAAAAUAUUGAUCAAACACUCCUCUGAGCACGAGGGGUCAUUGAAAAAGAAAUGUGCAAUUAAUUGCAAGCCAAUUAUGUGUCCCAUAAUCUAUCAUUUAAGUGUUGCAAUUUAUUGCAAUUGUGCAAUGUUAUCUAUUUCUUGCAUCAGAAAGUUGGAAUUUGUUUCCUACAACAUUGAUCAGUUAAUAGCAAAUCUGCACUCAAAACUUGAUUAAAACUUAUUUCACUGUACCAUCCCAAAGUGCUUGUGUGAACAAUCGCUAAUUGGUCAUAUGAAUUAUGACGGAAGAGGAAAAUGGGCUUCCAGCUUGGGCAAUGGCUGAUAUACAAGCACUACCAAUUUCAAUAGAUUCCUUUGUGAGAUCAAGUCAAUUUCCUGGUUGUAAGUAGAUAGGUUUUUAUUGGUACGCAAUAGAUUGUAGAUUGGGAUAAAACAAAACACAAGAAUGGGGAAAUAAACCCACAGUUUUUUGGUAUUAAAUGAUUUUUAGAUUGGAUUGAAAUUUUGAUCCGUUGAACAUUACCCAACCUCCCUUGUUCUCACAUUCUAUGGUGGACUGCACUUAAGAGAUGAAAAUAGGAAUAGGAAAUCAUAGUUCUUAUUUUUAAUUCUGUCCUUUGGGAAUACAAAUUAUUAUGAAUCAUUUGUGAUCAGAAUUAAUAGCAUUCAUAUUGAUAUGCCAGUAUGUUUGAUGACAUUGUUUUAAGCCAUACAAUGUGUGCCCUGUAUGAAGAUACCAUCAAUCUUACAAGUGAUAUCAAUAGCAUAUUGCAAUCCAUACACUGAGUAGUCAGUUGUAAGAUUGAUUCUAUCUCUUUCUGCUACAGGGCCGAUGGAAUAUACUAUUAAAUUGUGUUGUGGAAUAUAUAUUGUAUAUAAGCAGAUGGAAUAUACUGUGAUCGUAAUUUAAUCAUUUCUUUUCAAUUUCAUCAGAAUUGCAUCAUAAUGAUUUUUAUGUGCAUGGGUAUAGAUCAAAUACUAUAUUUUUACAUUAUGUUGUGUCAUUUUAUUUAUUCCAUUUUAAUUCCAUUUUACUCAAUUUACCUGAACGUAUUUGUUAUAGAUGCUCGCAUGAAAUUGUUUUAUUUUUAAUUUAUAGUAUAGAUAUUUCCAACUCUUUGAUUUAUUUGAAUGGUUGUGUAUACAUGAUGUACUUGUUAAUUUCAUUAGAUUGUUUUAUUUCAGUGGAGUGAUACUAUAUAGUAGAUAACUAUGAGGAGAGUAAAACAAAGAGGGACAAAGAAAAGUGCUUUCCAUAAAAAAUACUGGAAAGCUAUUUCCUGUGACAGUUGCAAUGGGGUUCUUCUGUGGAAAAGCCUCACCUUAAA